AUGGCAAUCGAUUGCAUGAUUAAGACACCAUCGUGCAUGUCUUCCCUCAAGGAAGAGCUCAAAGAAGACCAACAAAGGUCACUCGUGUUCGAUGCAUCAGUCCUCCAACACGAAACCAACAUACCCCAACAGUUCAUAUGGCCCGAUAAUGAGAAACCCAACUCCAAAAAAUCUAAGGACCUAGACGUUCCUUUGAUAGACUUGGAAGGCUUCCUUUCUGGACGCUCGAGUUCAACCAACGAAGCCUCCCGACUCGUUGAAAAGCAAAGAGCUCAAAGAAAAGCCGGUGAAAGCUGUGGAUAUGCUAGUAGCUUCACUGGAAGAUUCUCCUCUAAACUUCCUUGGAAAGAGACGCUCUCUUUCCGAUUCUCAGCUGAGAAGAACUCGCCCGAUAUAGUUAAAGACUACUUCGAGAACACAAUGGGCAAAGAAUUUGUUCGACUCGGGAAGGUGUAUCAAGAAUAUUGCAAUGCCAUGAGUAGACUUUCUCUUGGGAUCAUGGAGUUAUUGGGGUUGAGCCUUGGGGUUAACCGAUCUCACUUCAAGGAGUUUUUCGAGGAAAAUAACUCUAUAAUGAGACUCAACUACUAUCCACGAUGCCAAAAACCAGACCUCACCUUAGGAACGGGGCCUCAUUGUGACCCGACAUCGUUGACAAUUCUACACCAAGAUAACGUUGGUGGGCUAGAAGUGUUCGUGGACAAUGAGUGGCGUUCCAUUGCACCAAAUUCAAGUGCUUUUGUCGUCAAUAUCGGUGACACAUUCAUGGCACUUUCAAAUGGAAGAUACAAAAGUUGCUUACAUAGAGCUGUGGUAAACAACAAAACUCCAAGAAAGUCACUUGCUUUCUUUCUAUGUCCAAAGAAGGAUAAGGUGGUGAGCCCACCAAACGAAUUGGUGGAUGAAAAUAAUCCGAGGGUAUAUCCAGAUUUUACAUGGGCUACUUUUCUUGAGUUCACUCAGAAGCAUUACAGAGCUGACAUGAACACCCUUCAAGCUUUUUCAAACUGGGUUGAACAGAAAACGAGCACAACUUGAUAUCACAUCAAUGUCAACUAGUGGUGACAAUUGAAGGACGAAAGCAAUGUUAAGGACCCAAGCCAAGGUUUUAAUCUUCUUUGGGGGCUAAACUAGGAAUAAAGAGAAGCAUAUAAAUGAGCCAAUUUUGUAAUUUUCUUUUGGACUAUAUGUAGAAAAGCUUAUUGAGUCAUCACUAGUACCAUUAUCCUAGUAUUUUAGCUGCUACUUGUAUAUAUAAAUGCCAAAAAAAUAUUCACUCAUCACUAGUAGCAUUACCCUCUUUCUUUAUAUUCAAUCCACGUCUCGUUUAUAAUGUUUUUUCUUUUGCAUUUACAUCCAAAUCUUUCCUCUAAAUAA